AAGCCGCGGACCGUACCAUGUUUGUGGCGGGGAGGGGGGCGUCACGUCCCGCAGGUCAGCGGGAGACCGGCGCCCGGAUCACCCCCGCAAUACCCGGCCGGGGUUCACCGGGGACCCUCACCGGACUGCCCAGGCCGGCGUCACACCCGCGGGUCAUCCUCACGUGACCACACGCCCACCCCCUGUGCCGGGCGCAGUGGUGCGGUCCCGGAUUGCAGUGAGCUCCGCUGUCCGGAGGGAUAACACAGGGGCCGGCAGAGUGUCAGCUCCGGGGACAAGGAGCCUCCAUCCCCCUGUGCCCGGGCUCCCCUCAGACCGGUUCCCCCCCCCCCCACCGCCCUGGUUAUGUGAUGCCGUGACGGAGCGUGGAAGGUCCCGGAGAUGAUAUGACGACCGGUUCCCGCGAGCUGGAUCGCCAUGCAUCGUCCAGCCUGUCGCUAAGCUCAGCGUUGCCGUACCCGCCCAAUGGUCCAAACAGGAGAAAGCUCAGGAAGAAGAGAAAAAAUGGCACAAUCAUGGCCAACGUUGGCGGAACCAAGUAUGAGAUUGUCCGUGUAGUGAUUGAAGAGAUGCAGUUUGUGAAGAGUCGGGAUGAGGAUGAGACGGCCAACCUUAUCUGGAGCGACUGCGCGGUACAGCACGAGAAGAUUGCGGAGCUCAGGAACUAUCAGAGACUGAACCAUUUCCCGGGCAUGGGGGAGAUCUGCCGCAAGGACUGCCUGUCCAGGAACAUGACCAAAAUGAUCAAGUGUCAGCCUCACGAGUACAGCUUCAUCCCCCGCACAUGGAUAUUCCCAGCAGAGUACACUCAGUUCCAAAACUACGCAAAAGAGUUAAAGAAGAAGAGGAAGCAGAAAACCUUCAUCAUCAAACCAGCAAACGGAGCAAUGGGGCAUGGGAUAUCGCUGAUAAGAAACGGGGAAAAGCUGCAGGCGCAGGACCAUCUAAUCGUGCAGGAAUAUCUAGACAAACCUUUCCUGCUGGAAGGCUACAAGUUUGACCUGCGGGUGUACAUCUUGGUGACGUCCUGCGAUCCGCUGCGGAUAUUUUUGUACAAUGACGGACUGGUCAGGAUGGGCACGGAGAAGUACCACUCGCCCUCAGACUCUAAUUUGGCCCAGUUGUACAUGCACCUGACCAACUACUCCGUCAAUAAACACAACGAGAACUUUGAGAGGGAUGAGACCGAGGAUCGAGGCAGCAAGCGUUCCAUCCGGUGGUUUACGGAGUUCCUGCGUGCCAACGACCAUGAUGUAGCCAAAUUUUGGAACGACAUUUCUGAGUUGGUUGUGAAGACCCUGAUAGUAGCGGAACCUCACGUGCUCCAUGCAUACCGGAUGUGUCGGCCUGGACAACAGCCAGGCAGCAACAGCGUCUGCUUCGAAGUGUUAGGGUUUGACAUAAUUCUGGACAGGAAGCUGAAGCCCUGGCUGCUGGAGAUAAAUCGAGCUCCCAGCUUUGGAACAGACCAGAAGAUUGACUUCGAUGUGAAGAAAGGAGUUUUGCUAAAUGCAUUAAAACUUCUGAACAUCAGAGCAAGCGAUAAAAAGAAGAAUCUGGCCAAGCAGAAAGCCGAGGCGCAGAGGAGACUCUAUGGUCAGGGAUCCAUGAAGAAGCUGUCGCCGGGAUCUUCUGACUGGGAGAAACAGCGCCACACGCUGGAGAGGAGGAAGGAGGAACUGAAGGAACGCCUGGCCCAGGUCCGGAAACAGAUCUCCAAGGAAGAGUACGAAAACAGACAUAUGGGGAACUACAGGCGAAUCUACCCACCUGAGGAUAAACUGCUGUUAGAGAAAUACGAGGGUCUUCUUAGCUCAGCCUUCCAGACGUUCCUAGCCGGCAGAGCAGCCUCCCUCCAGCGAGAGAUGAAUAAUCCUCUGAAAAGGAUGAAGGAAGAAGAUAUUUUGGACCUCCUGGAACAGUGCGAGUUGGAUGAUGAGAAACUGUCGGGAAAAUCUACGCGGCACAGAGAACCGCGGACUCUCUCCUCCAUGCCGGAGUGCACUCAGUCCUACAAGAAGAAAAACUACAGCAACAGCAGCAGCUCCGCUUCCGACAGCAGCUCCGACAUUGAGGACGAGAAGCCGCCGAGAGAGAAGAAGGUUUCCUACGACCUGGAAGAGCAGAAGUACAAAUCCCUGGAGCGAUCCAGUAGAAUUCAUUGUAAGCCUCCCAUUAAGACGCGGCCAUUUUCCUAUUCAUCUCCGUCAUCGUCCACUCCGAUAAGGCGCUCUGUGAGCUGCCCACGCUCCAUAACUGCGCUCAACACCCAGUCUCCGCACAGCGAGCAGCGACCGCUCUCAUCGAAAGUUUCUGCACAAGUCUCCAGGCCGUCCUCAGGAAACAGGACCAACUCGCUGAAUCGCAGCUUCUCAUCGCACAGAGUGCCGCACACCGGGACAUGCGGCAGUAUGUACCCGAGGCAGAAUGAGACUGCCUUACAUCACCUAACAAAUGACCAGGAAGAGGAGCUGACACGGCAGACUUUACUCGUCCUCCAAGACAUGAGAAUCCGAUUUCCAGGGAAAGUGGAUGAAGAUGAAACAUACGCUAUUAUAGAGGAAAUAAUGGAUAAUUGGAGAUAUCACAAACCCAAGGUGGCAUCAUACUGGUUGAUAAAACUGGAUUCAGUAAAGCAGAGAAAGAUCUUGGACAUAGUGAGAACCAACAUUCGCUCGGUCCUGCAGCGCGUCUGGAAGGUGUCUGACGUGGAGUGUUUACACUUGUACAGGAGUUUUAACCGCGUGUUUAACCGUCUGCUCUGGAGUCACGGCCAGGGCCUGUGGAGCUGUUUCUGCGACUCGGGCAGAACGUCCUGGGAGACCAUCUUCAGUAAAAGCACGGAGGUGGUGACGCCCGAUCAGCUGCAAUGCUGCCACCGACUGGUCCAGCUCUGCAAAGACUGCCUGCUAGUGGUUUACAGAUAUGCAACCGGACCACACGGCUGCCUGACGGGCGCCGGCCCAGAUGGGAGCGACGCAAGGUUCUUACUGCCGGUGGUCCCACAAUUCAGCAUUAAAAUGGCGUCUUCCAAUGUCGGCUCGUCUGGAUUAUCCCGCUCCGGCUUCGUGUUUACCUCCAGGCUGCACCAGCACUGACGGAACAGAAUGUUUAGUGCCCUGUAAAUAUUAGCAAUUUUUAUUUUAUUUUAUUUUUUUAAUUCAGAUUUCACAUGGUGCUAAGCACAGCGCCCAUAUGGCACCUAUGGAGAAAGACUGAGUACUUGCCGCAGAUGUUAUGUAAAGUAUGCGCAUUUGUUUACAAGAUCCUGGAAUGUCUAGACGCAGAAGUAGUUUAUCAGGCGAAGCCUUUGUUAUUUUCUGGCACCGUAUACAGUGUGUAUACCGUAGAACGCUAACUUAUUUUGCUUGUAUAAGGAAUGAUGUGCUAUUUAUUAUUAUAUAUUACCCUCCGGCUAAAGUUCACCGGUCACCUAGGGCCCAGUGCAGGCGGCCAUUUUGUGUGCUUAGAGAGGGCUCCCAGUUCAUUUGAUGGGCUUCAGUCAUAUUGAUUCAUCACACAAAAUGGCCUCUUCCACUCUGUGCCGGUGAGGUGAACAUGCUGACAUGCCGACAAAGCCUGACGUAGAUCAGUAGAAUAAACAAUACGGAGGGAAAUGCGUUUAUCUCUGCAGCAGCCAAACAUUACCGUACAAUAACCACUUCAUGACUAGAAAUGGCUGCAUUUAUUGUAGAAUAUACACAGUGGAGACUGAAUCAUGCCUGGAUAAAUAUUACUUCAGACGUAAGUAAAUAGCAGUCCUUCGAUAACUUCAUUCUUUUUUGUUGGUUUAACCAAUUUCCAUCAAGAUCAGAGAAUAGUGUAAGGCAGAUAAUGUGGAUUCAGGCUGCUCCAUCCCCUGCACACGUGCUCCUAAUUCCUUGUCCAGCAUGUGUCAGGGGUGCACAACCCACUUCCUGUCCCCUGAACCUGCUCUCACACAAGGGUGUACACUAGAAAUAUGUCCCUUUUACGUGUAGGUGUAUCUUAAUUUCCUCCACCUCUAAAUCGGUGGAAUAAAAGUUCUGCGCGUCCCCCAGUGCCUUCACACCCCCUCCUCCAGCUCAUGUCAAUAAUCCGUCCGUAGAAAGAACUCUAAUUGUAGUCAGUCGCCCCCCUCAUUUCUCCACUCCGCACCCACAAGGAUUCCACCAUUUUGGCUCCUUAUCCAUGUUGACUUCUUUCAAAUUUGAUGCACUUACGGAACAGUGUACGCAUGACGUCACAAGGAUUAUUUGUGCUGCAGAUUUGCAUUUUUGCACGGUGAUAAAAAGGCCUUGUGCGUAAACGCGGGGGGUGAGGGGUUUGUCGCAGUAAUAUUACAUAUGUUUUACCACCCACAUUUUCCUGAACAUAGGUCUGUAAACGAUCUGUCUUAUGGUGAACUUUUUUUGGUCAAGAUGGUGCCAUUAUUGCUACGCUUCCGCAGGUGUCAGGAGGCGCUAUAUAUAUAUAUAUAUAUAUAUAUAUAUAUAUAUAUAUACACACAGUAGAUAGAUAGAUUUGAAGAUUUUUUUUAUAUUUAUUUAUUUUUACAUUUUUAUUACCUUAUGUUUAAUUUUAAAUUGCUGUUCUAUUUUGUACAACGUGGUCUCUAGUAUGUACAGUAGAUGAGUUUCCUAACGAGCCUAAUGUCUAAUGUACUCAUUUGCAUUUUCCGUUUAUUUCUUAAUGCAUCGUUAAGGCAUUUUUAAUUGCGGAGUGUAAUAAUUGUACUGUAAACAUUCCCCAUUGUUGUAACACACAUUGAAAUGUAAAUUGUGACAUUUUGUACCUUAGCAACUUGUUAAGGGGGGGUCCGUGUGUGUUAGCUGCGAGAUACGAAUCAUUAUUUUGUGCAAUGGCCAUUAUAAUAACAUCCAAACAGUCUUUCCCUUACACAGCAGCUGGUCACACGCUGCAUUCACGCCUCCCAUUACCCGCUAACAAUUACACGUUACAUAGGUGUUACCGCGUACUGUCAGAGACAAGUUUAGGACACUUUGUAGCCUCAGCUUAGAAAUUCUCUUUCACAGUUAUUAGGAGUAGAACGUAGCUCAAAAAUAAUAUUUUGGAACAUUCACAAAUGGAAAAUUUUCCAUACAUUGGCAUUACGUUAUGUGUUACAUCUUACAGUACAUCCAGGGUCGUACUUACGGCGAGGCACGCCAAAGAUAGCAAACCUAGAAAAUGUGGUUACACGUAUGUACAAGGAACACGCAAACUCCUACAGUGUCAACGCACUAUAACUUGACAUGGGGAGGGGGUACUUUCCUAAUAGUAAAAUCAGAUGAAGCCCCUGGAUGAUGUCUGUCAAUAAUUUUAGCUAAAUACCAUUUCUUUCAGAAGAUUCCAAUCCAUCGGAAUUUGCCAGCAAUCCUUUCUUUGAGCUCAUUACCCUUACAGUAAAGAAUCCUUCCUAUCUUUGUAGCGAUGAAUCCAUCUUUCUUCCAUCUGUAAGGGCCUUAGAGCCUAAUUCUUGUUUACGCAAUGCCGAUGUUCACACAACGGAGCUAUUUAAUUAAUGUUAAAAAACUGAAUUCCAAAGUAAAAUGAAAUCAAGAUGAAAUAAAUGUCCUGCUCGGACGAGUGUUCUAGAUCCCAGCACUUGAAGCUGCCACACGAAGAUAUUGGAAAGGAAUAGUAAAUUAAAAAAUGUUCUGGGAUAAUGAAGAAUUGCGCAGCGCUCCAUCUUGCAGCAGAGAGUCCCCGAUAAAGGGAUGUGUGGGUGCAAGCCACGUAUGCCGGCACUGUGUAUCGUCGGCGGCUGCUCUGUCGGAGAAUGGCGUCAUGUCUCUUGCUCAGCGGUCCUGAUGUAACUACAAUAAUAAGGAUGACUUUUUAUUUUGAAGGUUGUAUUUUAUGAUCACGUCUGGUCCUAAAAUCCCAUCUGCCCCCCCGUUGCUCAGCAGGCCCCCCCCUUUACCACCCAGAACCACAUACAUUAUAUUAUCACCGUAAUAUCCUCCUGUCCUGCGCUCUGUUUCCGCAACUAAUUUCUGCCUGGUUCCCUCUCGCUCUGCCAACGCAUAAUCACGUCCGCCAUACACAAGCGUCGCGCUGUCCACUCUGUACACUGUGCUUAUCCUGAUCAUCGCUCGUUGUGAUUCGCUAACAUUUAUAGAAGACCUUUGCACGGUCCCCGUCUACGUGGGCUAUUCCACGCGGCGCCCAAUCCAAUACUAGCUUUCAAUCGUUUAGCUUGCCGCUGACCGAUACAAUUAUAACACUGUGUCCGAUCAGUUUCUAGGGGUCUGUGGCACAUUUGCGCAGGUCGCCCCUUAUUAUAUCAUUCUUCCUAUGUACUAUGGAAAGACCAGGACAAGAACUGCACUGACUGUAACUAAUGGGAAUGUUGUGUUGCUAAUUCUUGCCAAAAUGCUUUGGAUGUUAGAUGAUGUCAUUGUAGCGUAGACUGAACAUCCUCAGGAUAAACGCUGAUCUUUUAUAACAUACGACAUGACCACUGUAUUCCGUAAACAGGAGGAAAUAUUUUGAACUUCAGAAUAAACUCGAUGCUACUUGA